AACCUUAUUCGCCCUCAUGCCCAGGAUCGACCGACAUCGAGUGAUCUCUUCUCUCUUCCGCUCAUCCAGUCCAUCCUUACUGCGCACGAAACUUUUCUCUCUUCUCUUUCACUGCUUUCAUCCAACACCGAGCCUGCACAAACGGCACAUGUACACUUAAACCCACUUUUUGUAUGUUCAGCUAAUGGUGUAAUUCGUUCAUUUAUUCUCCUAUCCCCCAUUAAUUCUGCCAGUGCUCGACUUUUUACAGCGUUGCUCUCUCUCUCUACAUCUUCGCCCAUCCGUCCAGCCAGAAUAAUGGCGAUUUAUGAGAGUGUUGGCAUGACGGGUAUUUUGAGGCCGAGUUAA